AUGGAAAUCUCGUCCUGCAAUCCUUCCAAGCAGGCAUACCGUCUCCAGGAGGCCGCGGAGCCUCUCGACCCCGGGCCCUGGCCUGAGCACGGUGGGGUUCUUCACCUUGGAGCAUCGUGGCUUCCCUCCGCACCAUCCACCUGGCGUGAAGCUCCCGUUCCUCUUCCUCAUCAGCAGCUCUCGGUCGAUCCUGUCCAGGACAGGGGUUUCCCCCUUGAACUUACGCGCAAAGGCAGCGCCACUUGCAACCAUCUUUUCCGUGUCAUUGAGGGUGAGCACGUGGGGGUGCUGCUUUGGUGGGGUGUCCCAGGCUAUGUAGUGCAUGUCGUGGUUCACUACAGUGUGCGAAAACUCAGGCGUAUUGCAGAUGACCGUCUGGAAAUAGCCCUCGGGAGAUGA